UGGUAUGUAUGUUAGGUUAGAGUAGCUGUUUUCACGAUUAAAAGUAUUCUCGCGCUGAUACGGACAAUGACGCGCGUUCGUCACCAAACGUUUAGACAUUAUACGCUGGCCGAUGAUAGAACGUAACUUCACCGGACGAAGUUACCCGUCGCACGUGUUGAGAGACUGCCAUGGAGUGACGGACUGUCGGAGAGCAUUAUUCGCGACCUCUUCGUCGAAACGACCCCGAUUAAGGUUAAAUCAAUUGGUGACCGCCUGUUUUAACAGUGCACGUGGAUCAGCUGAAAGAAAUGACCUCGAACGAAGCAGGUGUAUCGCUCGGCGCCGCUCGGGAAGAUGUCAAUUGGCGGAAAGAUUUGAUUUCGCAGUUACGCGAGAGGAACAGAUCGCAAACCAAUUGCUUUGCGGAUCUCAUUAGCCUACAUAAUAGGUUAUUUGAAAAUGUAAACACACUGCGAAAUACGAAUAUGCAAUUGACUGUUACAAACGAGACUCUUCGUCGUGAGGCAUCCAAUGGUAGUAUUGGUAUGGGUGGAAAUCCUGAUCUUGAAGCUAGACUUUUAAAACAAGCGGAGGAAUUGGCAAUGUUGCACAAGAGGAAAGGAGAGCAUACACAACAAAUAGUAGAUCUCAAUAAUAAAUUGCAAGAAAUGACAAAAGAACUUCAAGCAAAGGAAGCUAGUCUUGCAGAAAGUUCCGAAGCUAAUGCUAACUUACGUUUAGAUAUAACCAGAUCUCUUGGUAGAGAGAAAGAUUUAGAAGGUAUUAAUCAGAUGCUCAAGGAUGAACACCAAGCCUUGCAACUUGCCUUUGCGUCUUUAGAAGAAAAGCUUAGGAAAACACAAGAAGAAAAUCGACAGCUGAUUGAGCGCUUAAUAAAGUAUAAAGCUAGAGAUGCAGAAAAGAUGAAUGAGGAAAAUGAUAAUUUUUUAAGUCAUGCAGUUCAUGGUUUUACGAGUCCAACAGCCUUUUUGAUGCAUACCUUAUCAAAAUUUGGGAAAAGACAAGCAAAGAUGCAAAAGGAAUUAGAAGAUGCAGCACGAGAUACGCGACCUGUUAGUCCUGAUCGUUUAAGCUUAAAAGAAGUUGCUGGUCUUCCGACAGCAGUGCCAACGAAAGUAUCCGUAACAUUUCCAAUUACACCGAAAAGAGUGGUGUAGUUUACAAUGCUGUGGUUGUGACGUUUCUGUUACAUGAAAGACUGUGUAUUGUAUAUGCUUUGCAAAAUGUACAUUCAAUAUGUCCACAAUGUCCUUUUAACUUAUUUAGUAUUAUAUUAGUUAAUUAGACUUUUUUUCUCUGCAACAGAGGAAUGACACUUAUGUAGAAA